UUUCAGGAAAAGGAUAGAUUACAGGAGUUUAGAUUUGCGAGUCAGCUCCCAAGGUUCACCUAAAGAUCCGGCUCAAAGAGUCGACUCAUUCCUGAUCGACUCAUCACCUGUAAUGAAUCCUCCUUCCUAAAGUGAAAGCGUUUCUCCCUCAGACUCGAGUCAGUUUUGUGGAGCGGUUGGAAAAGUGUUUUUUUGUUGUUGUUGUUGUUGUUUUUUUUUACUUUAAGGCAGAAACUGUGAUAUUAAUCUCACAGAAGGACUGUUGUCCAAAGCUUUAGGAAAUCUGCAGCGCGUGAGGUGCAGGACUUUCAACUUCCUCUGUGUAGGAGCCAGUGAGUCUUGGUGGGACAGGGGAGGCUAGCUGCAUUUAUUCGGUGGUGUGUGCUUCACAGCGUGCUCAGUGUGCCAACACAACAACUUCCUUAUGGUGAGUGUGAUCCAUUCCAGCAGAAGAGAUCAGACUCUUCAGGACUCAACUGUGUGUUUGUGCAAACUUUACUAAUAUUCAAAGAUGGAGACUCCUGAUCUGGACACAGAUAAUGUUUUCCCACACUCAAAAACCAGUAAACUUCAGGGAAAGAGAUCAGAAUCACCAGCACCCAGCUGUAUCUCCAUGAAGAGUGAUGGGUCUAUGGGUAUUCCUCUGGAGUUUACGGAUGGAGACUCCUCACCUCUACACAGUGUUCUACAGAGAGCAGGAGACAGAAUAGAAAAGAUCACCAUCACAGAUACAGGGCACAACCCAGAAUCUGCUGCUGUGAAUAAAUUCCAGAAAAAGUUGAAAUUAAAUCUGAUGAAGAAGUUUGAGAGUUUGAAUGGAGUGAUAAUAAACCUGGGAAACCAAACACUCCUGAAUGAGAUCUACACAGAGCUCUACAUCACAGAGGGAGACAGUGGAGAAGUCAAUAAAGAACAUGAGGUGAGACAGAUCGAGACAGCAUCCAGGAGAACAACAACAGAGGACACACCAAUCAAAUGCAACGACAUCUUUAAGCCCUUAUCUGAACAAGACAAACCCAUCAGAACUGUGCUGACAAAGCCCUUAUCUAAAAAAGACAAAGCCAUCAGAACUGUGCUGACAAAGCCCUUAUCUAAAAAAGACAAACCCAUCAGAACUGUGCUGACAAAGGGAGUCGCUGGCAUCGGAAAAACAGUCUCUGUGCAGAAGUUCAUUCUGGACUGGGCUGAAGGGAAAGCAAAUCAGGACAUCCACCUCAUAUUUCCACUUCCUUUCAGAGAGCUGAAUCUGAUGAAGGACCAGAAACUGAGUCUGAUGGAGCUCCUUCAUGUCUGUUUUAAUAAAACAAAAGAAACAGAAAUGUCCAGUUUGGAAAAGGUUCUGUUCAUUUUUGACGGAUUGGACGAGUGUCGUUUUCCUCUAGAUUUCCAGAACACAGUGAGAGUGUGUGAUGUAACUGAAUCAGCAUCGGUGCAUGUGCUGCUGAUAAACCUGAUCAAAGGGAAUCUGCUUCCCUCUGCUCUCAUCUGGAUCACCUCUCGACCAGCAGCAGCUGAUCAAAUCCCCUCUGAGUGUGUCCAUCGAGUCACAGAGGUACGAGGGUUCAAUGACCCACAGAAGGAGGAGUACUUCAUGAAGAGAAUCAGUGAUCAAAGCCUGGCCAAUAACAUCAUCACACACCUGAAGUCAUUAAGAAGCCUCUACAUCAUGUGCCACAUCCCAGUCUUCUGCUGGAUUUCAGCCACUGUUCUAGAGAGAAUGUUGGGUGAAGCAGAGAGUGGAGAGAUCCCCAAGACUCUGACUCAAAUGUACACACACUUCCUCAUAAUUCAGACAAACAUCAUAGGAGAAAAGUACUCAAAGAAGCAGGAGAGUGACGAAGAAAUGUUUCUUAAACUGGGACAACUGGCUUUUCAGCAGCUGAAGAAAGGGAACCUGAUCUUCUAUGAGGAAGACCUGAGAGAGUGUGGCAUUGAUGUGAGAGAAGCAGCAGUGUACUCAGGUGUGUGUACGCAGAUCUUCAGAGAGGAGUUUGGGCUUCACCAGAGUAAAGUGUACUGCUUUGUUCAUCUGAGCAUUCAGGAGCACCUCGCAGCUCUGUAUGUGUACCUGACAUUCAUGAUGGAAAAGAGAAAUGUUCUUUUACAGCAUCGGUUCUCUAAAUGGUGGAUGGAAAAAAUGACAAUCUCAGAGGUACACAAGAGUGCUGUAGAUCAGACUUUAGAAAGUCAGACUGGACAUCUGGAUCUUUUCCUUCGCUUUCUUCUGGGUCUCUCACUGAAGUCCAAUCAGAAACUCUUACAUGCCUUAGUAGCACAGACAGGAAGUAGCUCCCAGAGCAGAGAGAAAACAGUUCAGUACAUUAAGGAGAAGAUCAGUGAAGAUCUUCCUACAGAGAAAUCCAUCAAUCUGUUCCACUGUCUGAAUGAACUGGGUGAUAAUUCUCUAGUGGAGGAAAUCCAACACUACCUGAAAUCUGGAAAACAAAGUGAACUCUCUUCUUCACAGUUGUCUGCUCUGGUGUUUGUGUUACUGACAUCAGCACAGGAGCUGGAAGAAUUUGACCUGAAUAAAUAUUUCAGUUCAGAUAAGAUAACAGAAACUGUUCUUCUGAAGGUGAUGCCUGUGAUUGCAGCAUCCAGAAAAGCAACUACCAGGUGUGAUUCACUUGGAGUGAGAAGUUGGUCAGCUCUGGUCUCAGCACUCAGCUCAGAAACCUCCAAUCUGAGAGAACUGCAUCUGACUGUGAAAACACUGGAUCUGUAUGGGGAUAAACUAGGAGACUCAGGAGUGAAGAGUCUCUGUGCUGUACUGGAGAAUCCUCACUGUAAAGUGGAGACACUGAGGUUGGAGUGUUGUGGUGUCUCAGAUGAAGGCUGUGCUGCUCUGACUUUAGCUCUGAGAUCAAACCCCUCACACCUGAGACAACUGGAUCUGUCCUUUAAUAAUGUAGGAGACUCAGGAGUGAAGAGUGUCUCUGCUGUACUGGAGAAUCCUCACUGUAAACUGGAGACACUGAGGUUGUGUGGUUGUGGUGUCUCAGAUGAAGGUUGUGCUGCUCUGACUUCAGCUCUGAGAUCAAACCCCUCACUCCUGAGAGAACUGAAUCUAUCCUGUAAUAAUGUAGGAGACUCAGGAGUGAAGAGUCUCUCUGCUGUACUGGAGAAUCCUCACUGUAAACUGGAGAUACUGAAUUUGUGUAAGUGUGGUGUCUCAGAUGAAAGCUGUGCUGCUCUGACUUCAGCUCUGAGAUCAAACCCCUCACACCUGACAGAUCUGGAUCUGUCCUAUAAUAAAAUAGGAGACUCAGGAGUGAAGAGUCUCUCUGCUGUACUGGAGAAUCCUCUCUGUAAACUGGAGAUACUGAGGUUGGAGGGUUGUGGUGUUUCAGAUGAAGGUUGUGCUGCUCUGACUUCAACUCUGAGAUCAAACUCCUCAUACCUGAGACAACUGAAUCUGUCCUGGAAUAAUAAUGUAGGAGACUCAGGACUGAAGAGUUUCUCUGCUGUACUGGAGAAUCCUCUUUAUAAACUGGAGAUACUGAGGUUGUAUAAUUGUGGUGUCUCAGAUGAAGGCUGUGCUGCUCUGACUUCAGCUCUGAGAUCAAACCCCUCACACCUGAGACAACUGACUCUGUCUGAUAAUAAUGUUGGAGACUCAGGAGUGAAGAGUCUCUCUGCUGUACUGGAGAAUCCUCUCUGUAAACUGGAGACACUGAGGUUGCAGUACUGUGGUGUCUCAGAUGAAGGCUGUGCUGCUCUGACUUCAGCUCUGAGAUCAAACCCCUCACACCUGAGAGAACUGAUUCUGUCCUAUAAUAAUGUAGGAGACUCAGGAGUGAAGAGUGUCUCUGCUGUACUGGAGAAUCCUCUCUGUAAACUGGAGAAACUGAAGUUGUAUAAUUGUGGUGUCUCAGAUGAAGGCUGUGCUGCUCUGACUUCAGCUCUGAGAUCAAACCCCUCACACCUGAGAGAACUGAAUCUGUCCUCUAAUAAACUAGGAGACUCAGGAGUGAAGAGUCUCUCUGCUGUACUGGAGAAUCCUCUCUGUAAACUGGAGAUACUGAGAUUGAUUGGUUGUGGUGUCUCAGAUGAAGGCUGUGCUGCUCUGACUUCAGCUCUGAGAUCAAACCAUUCACACCUGAGACAACUGGAUCUGUUUGAAAAUUAUGUAGGAGGCUCAGGAGUGAAGCUGCUCUCUGCUCUUAAGGAUGAUAAACAUUACAAACUACAGACACUGAGGGUGUGAUGAACAUCUGUGUGUGUGAUGAAGACUCCGGUGUUCCUGCAUUUCACUGUUGGGGAAUAGAGAACACAUUUAUAAAUACAUCACUCAUUUAAUUAUAACACAUUAAACAGACUCAGAGACGUGAGAAGUGUGUGUUCAUCAUGUGGCAGAGAGAGCUAAAAUGGACAGGAACAGUUUCAAGACAUUGGUGGAUUUCUCACCUGACAGGAUUGACAUCUGAGGAGUUUAAUGAGUAUUUAACAGGAAUUUUAUAGCAAAAUAAUUUUCAACAUAAAUUUCAACCAAAUAUAUUGUUACACUGGGUGUUUUUGUAGAGAAAAGUAAAAAUAUAAAUCGCCCCAGCAUGCUGAGUCAACAUCAUAACUCAACCUUGCUGAGAUAAAACAGUCCAGACUGAAUCAGUCCACAUUGCAACCAGCGCUGGAUUUCAGAAUCGACCCAAACUGGGUUCUGUUUAACUCAGCAAUUUUACAGUACACCUUUUUGAGGAGACUCACCUGGGAAUGAGUGUAUAUGAGCACAAACACCUUCUUUCUGUUGUGCAUCUUUUUAUAUUCUUACCUCUCUCAUCUAUUUUAGGCAGGUCAGUAGUGGAAUCUUUUUUCAUGUGUACAUUGUAGACUGGUUUUUGACUAAUUGAGAGCGUGCCUAAAUAAAAUACCUUGCCCAUCCUAAACUUUUCACCCUUUACAUUUAAUUAAUAAAUUUUUUCACUAACUAGACACUCAGUGGUCAUUGUGAGGCAGUUUUUGGUACUACUGACAGAUUUGUGCUGCACUUUCACUUGGAUGAACUGAAAUAUUAUUUCCCUGAUGCAGUAUUUUGUGUUUUAACCAUUCCCAUAAAGACAGAUUGCAUGUUCUCUUUCUAGUUAGUUAACAUUACUCAUUACUAGUCAGCUGGUGUCUUAUGCACAGUUUGUUUCAGAUCAGGGCUGGGACAGAUUAUCCAAUGGGCAUUAUGGACACGGGCCCAGGGGCCAAUGUGCACUUAGGGCCCAAGCGAAGGGAAGAAAAAAUGCUUUUUUCUUUUUAUUUUCCUUUUUUUACAUUGCUGAAAAUAGAGGGCAAUGUCUGGUUGGGCCACACAAGAUUAAAAAAGACGAACACCCCUUAACGUCUACAGUGGAGAAGGCUGUAGGGAGUGUGGUCCCUGUAUGUAGCUUUUGAUGCGAGUUGGAAUCGGCCUUUUGCUGAACUUGCUCUUCUCCACUUUCCCAUCACAUAUCAGAUCGGAAAGGCAUUUAUUUUCAAUAAAAAUUGAGAAAAUAUAUGAAAAGUGGAAAUAAUGUGCCUAAUGACUGUUUAAUAAUAAUGUGUUUAUCAGUUAGGGGUAGGUGUAGGGACGGCUUUAUUGUCCCAAUAAUUUUAAUAAACAUAGUCAUUUACACUCUGUUAUUACUGCAUCCUGUACAUCAGUACUGCUAUUAAUACAUGCUAUUUAGGUUAGUCAUGGGAAGACUGAGGUCCUUAGGCUAUAGAAUACAGAGGAGCGGGUUAAAGGCAUCAAUGCACAGAGUAGAUGCAGAUGGGAUUUUCACCAGGAUGAUACAGUUUGGAUGUGUGAUAAGGAGAAGCUACUGUGUAAUGGCACCACUUUCUCUACUGAACAUGGAAAGUAACCACAAACACAACUUGUACAUUUAAAAUACUGUCAUGACCAAAAUAAUUCAUUUUAUCCUUUUCCAACUACAUUGAAAAAGAUUUACUUGACUUUUAGUCAAUUGUACAUGAUAAUAUUUUGCUUGUCUAUUCAAUUUAAAUGUUUUUGAUUCAGCUAAAUAAUAAGCCGUUUUAAAUGCUUUAAAAUUAAAGUCACUUAUAAAUAUUAAGCCUGUGUUUGUCAGGCCGUGGAGUUUGGGCAUUUUAGCCGAGCUCUAAUUCUGUCUAAACGAACACCUCAGGUGCUGCUAUGGAGCUUCUUAUGUUCCAAUCAAUUAUUCAAUCAAUCAUUUUUAAUAUUUCUUCCAACAGAUCAAACGUUGUAGAACUGAACAGAUUCAUUGUGCACAUUGAGGUGGUAAGAACUAAACUCAUACCGUCUUAAGCUGGUUUUAUGCUGGAUGAUGUUUGGCCGAUAUUACUGUCACAGACACAAACAUACAUCACAACGGAUAAUAUUUGGUCUUGAGUUGAGAUCAGUGGCCUUAGAAAGUAUAAUGUGAUGCUCACUGGUGAACCUUUACUCACGACUCAUGAAUGUCUGUUUUAUCCAUGUAUAGUUUAGGUACAGUGAGGGAAAAAAGUAUUUGAUCCCCUGCUGAUUUUGUACGUUUGCCCACUGACAAAGAAAUGAUCAUUCUAUAAUUUUAAUGGUAGUUGUAUUUGAACAGUGAGAGACAGAAUAACAACAAAAAAAUCCAGAAAAACGCACGUCAAAAAUGUUAUAAAUUGAUUUGCAUUUUAAUGAGGGAAAUAAGUAUACCCCCUCUGCAAAACAUGACUUAGUACUUGGUUUAAAAACCCUUGUUGGCAAUCACAGAGGUCAGACGUUUCUUGUAGUUGGCCACCAGGUUUGCACACAUCUCAGGAGGGAUUUUGUCCCACUCCUCUAUGCAGAUCUUCUCCAAAUCAUUAAGGUUUCAAGGCUGACGUUUGGCAACUCGAACCUUCAGCUCUCUCCACAGAUUUUCUAUGGGAUUUAGGUCUGGAGACUGGCUAGGCCACUCCAGGACCUUAAUGUGCUUCUUCUUGAGCCACUCCUUUGUUGCCUUGGCCGUGUGUUUUGGGUCAUUGUCAUGCUGGAAUAUCCAUCCACGACCCAUUUUCAAUGCCUUGUCUGAGGGAAGGAGGUUUUCACCCAAGAUUUGACGGUACAUGG